GGCAAAAGCUUCACGAUGCUUCACGCUUCGUUAAAAUGGCGGACAGGCGUCAGCCCCCACGAAAUGUGCAAUCUUUGGAGAAUGAAGACAGUAGCAGCAGCAGUUCGGAAGGACAGAGUGACAGUGGUUCAAAUUCCAAUUCGCUUAAUGCGUUCGUUAAUGACGGAGGCUUUCUCGAAAGGUUCAAACAAAUGCAGGAAGCUUGCAAGCAGCAAGCCGCUUCACAGGAGGCUCAGUUCGCUGUUCCGCAGUCCGACAGUGCCGCUACAGUUUCGGUGGAAAAUGAGAAAACCGAGCCCACCGAACCGGACGCGGCUGCUGUUGCGGCCAAGAAACGGACACUCCCAUUCGUGGGUAAAAGAAGGGGUGGAAAAGUUCUAAAGACGGGCAUUGUCCACAAGCCGAAGGUUGAAGAUGAGGAGGAGCUUCCCAAGGAUGCCUGGUCACGGUACUUGGCCGAAGUACGCAAAUACCGAGAGCGCUCGUGUGAUGAUGAAGAGAAGACCCGGCCACUUGUCAAGUGAUGCACACUUCAGCAACGAGUGACAGAGCGAGACAUUACAGCACCUUUGGAACCACUCGCCCACAGACAUUCUUCCUAAUGGCUGCUUGCUGUUUGGUUAAGGGACGUAUGUAUGAAGUAAAGUUAACCGGUCUGCUAAGUAGCAUCUUGCCAUUAGUGGUGUCUCGCGAUAUAAAAGUGAAGAAGAAAAAAAAGAAAUGCUAUGGCGGGCAGUGCACCAUGGCACUUAUUUAUACUGUACAUAUUUUGCAGUAAUAAAUUUUGUUAACAGGUGAGCAAUGUUGUUACAGUGUAAGAUCGAGAUGUUUGCUUGUAUAGAAGUUAAGGUUCUGGCUAUGUUUUUAAUGUGGCAUGCCUAACUAAUAACACUGGGCUGAAGGCAGCAAUACAAAUUAUAAGCAAUUGUGGUACGACGACAUUUAAUUUCAAGGGAGCUGUUUUUAGGUCAUGGGCAAAAGUUGUGCGCUCACUGCAUGUGCAGCAAGCAGGCGGCCUCCCAUCGAGUUGUGAGGAAUGAGGAACUAGCCUCGGUAAACUUUUUCCCUUCUUGGUUCUAGGGGGAGACAGUGUGUGCAUGUUGCUUUGCAAAGGAGUCCUGCCACUGGCAGUGUUGUAUUACUAGGAGAACUAGGCUGUUGGUAUGUCACAAACAUGAUUGCAUUAAACAUUUAUUCCUGGGCAUCCUAUAGGUUGCUGGGGCAUAGAAAACAGUGUUGUGGUUCCCUUCAGUUGCAAUUUUUGGAAUUUUUUUUUUUUGUCAGUAAAGUAGUGGUCAUGUCGCUGUGGAACUAAUCACAAAAAAUUUCAUGCCACCCCAUCUAUUUUUUCUGCUAUUCUUGCAGGAUUUGGUUGUUGAAAUCAUGUUCGUUGACAAUACGAUACUUUGACAAUACUUUUAACUUUAUUGUCGAUGAUACUUUGUUUUCUAUAACUUUCUUGUAUAGUCCUGUUAUGCUUUGUUUUUACAAUAAAUGGUUGAGAGCUUGAUAAACGCUCAAAAUAUUGUUUGCAAUGCUUUUCAUUAGGUAUUUUUCACUGUAAGAAAAUUGGCCUGUUUUCGUUAGAAUUAGGAUAGUACCGUGGUGCAGAAAGGGCAUGUGCAUGGUUAAAACUUAAUGUUGCAAUCUUGCCUUAUUUUCUUCAAAGCCAUGCCAAUGUAAAUCUUCUGUUUUGUACAAUUGUGCGUAUCCAUCUUGUGCAACCUCUUUGUACUGCCUGUGUCACCACUGAGCACCUGAAGUAAUUAAUGCACUGGGUGCUUUUUUUUUUCUUUUUUCCAUUCUUGCUGAUCGGGUUCGCAAAACUGUAUUGCUGCACUGACUUUGUUAAAUAUUUACAGCUAAGCUAACUAGAUUUCUGGACCAGCUAUGUGGUACAAAAGUAUUCGUGGGGAAAAGAGCAAAUACAGUUUUACAUAGAGGUGUUCUGUGCAACAAGUUCUUUGUUUACCUUCAGAACUUCGUAUCAUUUUGUCUUGAUGCACAAUCUUGCUUGGUGCUUCAGACAAUUGAACUUUGUGACAUGGAGAACAUAAGAAAAUAGCCGUUUGUGGUUGUCCAUGCACAGAUUUUUUUACCCCUAUUAUGACAAGAGAGCGCUGUUUGGGCACCGAGUUGAUACCACACUAGGAGCUGGUGAAGCAAGAAAUAUUUAACAGACUGGCAUUUGUACAUUGUUCACAGAUGUCCUUUGCUACUCGUGCUGGUGAUUUAAUGGGACGAUGCUCAGUUCUUUCUGUUUCUUGUUGAACUGCAGACUUUUUGGGCACUGCUGACAAGUCUUUUCAGUACCAAGGCUGCUAAACUUGGCAACAACAGGGCAUGUAGCCCGACAAAACAAGGUCAUAAGGAUCACAUGGGGAAAAUCCUGACAUGGCUUUUCAGAAGUAGGAAGUUUGGUCAGUUUAGUUUACGUCCCUUCAGUAACAAUGGUAACAUUACAAUGGGUGUGCCAUGUUUCUAACUCAAAAUUACAAGCAUAAACUGAUCACAUUUUAAAUGUGCAGACACUUUUUAGCAGACUUGCUUUGCAAAAUCAUACUACAAGCAAUGCGUGAUAGAUAAAAGCAUGGGAAAAUGAGUGUUUUUGGCUGUACCAGUAGGUAUGAUGUAGAGCACUGCCUUCUUUCGCAGUUUUUGCCAGUGCUGCGUUAUGUUGGACUAAAUUAAUGGUUAUAGUGAGCGUGGAACAGUAAAUUUUAUUCCUUUACCUAACACAUUUUACGCUGGGCUAAAGUGACCACAUUUGUCAAAACAGUAGGUCAUUUGUAAACUCUUACUCUUUUUCAGUGAUGCCUGCUUUUAAUGACACCUAACACAAGAAAUGUUUGAAAAUUUCUUUUGAUGGAAAAAAUUGGCACCGAAACUGAUCAGCUAUUAAGAAAGCAGUAAUCAUAAACGAACCUGUGGAUAGUAACUUGUCUUUAAAAAAGCAGCACGAUAAAACAGCGCAAGAACAAGAAGACCACACGGCCUCUUGCCUUGUUUCGAAAUUUUGUUUGAUACAUUUUUUGAAGUUCAAGUGAGUCAAGUUCGGGACACUUAUACCAUUUGGCAUGGUGGAUAGCACGUAAACUUUACAUGUAUCAACAUUUACUGAAAUUCUAGAUUGAAUUCCUUUAAAAAGUGGCAGAAGUAAAAAAAAAUUCUGUUUCUGAUGUGGUGAAUGUAACUGUUGGAAAAUUGUACAUGCCAUGUGUGCAUAUGGUGUACAGAUGAGUGCUGUCUCUGUAGAGUCCUUGUUAUCACUCCACAUGCAUGUCUGUGAAAGCAUACCCACAGUUUGAAUGUACAGGUUCCAAUAAAAGUUCUACUUAUGAAAUGCA